AUGCCCGAGACGCAUUGUUGGACAGCUCCGUGUGCAAAUGCCGUUCCAGCGUCACGAUUACCCAAGCCGAUCGACAGGGUCUAUCUGGCUCGAUCCAUUCACCGUCGUCAUGGAUGCUUGUCGUGCAACAAAAGAGACCACUUGAUCUUCGACUUUUGGCCAUUAUCCAUCCAUUUCACCAACGUCCAGCUUCUCUCCCCGCAUCGAGCUCGCAUGCCACUCAGAGCAUCGUUCUUCCGUCCCUUGCUACGUUCCGUCUCGACCACCAACCUCAUCACUGCAACUUGUCGUAUAACCACUACACCACCGCACCUUCUGCCUCGCACCUACUCAACAUCCCCUCCAACGAUGGCACCCAAACGCAGGCCAGCAUCCCCGCCUCACGACGAGGACGAAAAGGCGCUCGACCCCAAACUCGCCGAACACCCCGACGAAGACGAAUCCGAAACCUCCAAGCCUCCCUCGCAAAAGCGACAGAAAAAGUCGUCCUCUUCUUCCAAACGCUCAGCAGUCGUUACCGGCGGACCAAAAGUCGAAUCGCAAUACGGUUCCUCCGCGUACGCCAAGUCGGGCGACGACUGGCAUCGCUCCGACUUCAACCCUUCCCCUCGCGGUCGCACCGACUCUAAGACCCCGCUUCAGGAGCUCGAGGCUGCACUCAAGACGCACGCUCCCAGCAAACACAACGAUGCGGGAGACGGGAAAAACGUCGUGUACUGGAUGAGGAUGCACGACCUUCGCAUCCACGACAACCGUGCGCUCGCACACGCCUCUGCUCUCGCGCAGGAGAGACGCAAGAAGAAGAAGGGCGGGAAUCUGAUCGCCUUGUUCGUAAUCACCCCCGCCGACUACAAGGCGCACGAUCGAGGCGCCAGACGCAUCGAUUUCGUCCUCCGCACGCUCGCCUCGCUCAAAAAGGAGUUGGACAAACUCAACAUCCCCUUUGUCGUAUACACCCACACCGACAGACCUCGAACGUCGAUCGGCGAAAAGGUAUUCUCGCUCUGCAAGCAGUGGAACGCCUCGCAGCUCACAGCCAACAUCGAGUACGAAGUCGACGAGCUCUGGAGGGAUCUAGCUAUGCUGGAGCAGAAGGACAAAGGUGGGGUGAGUUUUAGCUUGUUCCACGACUGCUAUGUCGUUCCGCCGGGGAGGGUGGUGACGAACGAUGGGAGGCCGUACAGUGUUUUCAGUCCGUGGAAUCGGAGGUGGACGGACUGCAUUGCCAAGGAUGCGUCGUUGAUCGAGGAGAGUCCGGAUCCAGAGGCGAACGAUGCAGGUGCGAGAAAGGAUUCCACCGUGGGCAAACUUUUCGAUCUGGACAAACUGGGUGGAGGGUUUGGCAUUCCGGAGGAGUUGGAAGGGUUCGAAUGCAAGGAUCGCGAGUACAUGGCCAAGCUGUGGCCUGUCUCCGAUGGCGCACCGAAGCAGGUGCUCGACAACUUCAUGUCCGGAAAGGGUGGGGAGACGGCACUCGAUCGACCUGCCAACGAGCCUUCCACCAAAGACGUCGGUGGCAACACGAAGGAAUCGCGUCUAGCACGGUACGCCGAGGGACGGAACCUGAUGAACGAAAACGGCACUUCGCGUAUCAGCCCCUACCUCGCUGCUGGACUCGUCUCCCCGCGCGAGUGUCUCCGUCGAACGCGCGCGCUCACCAAGGGAAAACUUCAAGUCGGAAGAGACAGCGGUGCAGCGAUGUGGAAUACCGAGAUCUCCUUCCGCGAUUUCUACGGUCACGUCCUCGCCGCGUGGCCCAAAGUAUGCAUGGGACACGCGUUCAUCACCAAGUACGAAAACGUCAAGUGGGAGACCUCCUCCUCGACACUCGAGGCGUGGAAAGCCGGUCUCACCGGCUACCCGAUCGUCGAUGCCGCCCAACGUCAGUGCAUCCAACAGGGGUACAUCCACAACCGCGGUCGAAUGAUCACCGCCAUGUUCCUCACCAAGCACCUCCUCCACGACUGGCGCGAAGGUGAACGUUUCUUCUCGCUCAAUUUCAUCGAUCAGGAUUUCGCCUCCAACAACGGCGGUUGGCAGUGGAGCGCCAGUACGGGCACCGAUCCUCAGCCGUACUUUAGGAUCUUCAAUCCGUUGAGUCAGAGCGAGAAGAGCGAUCCGAUGGGAGAGUACAUACGACACUUUGUGCCCGAGUUGAAGGGUGUCAAGGGUAAUGCGAUUCAUGAUCCGUACCGUAGGUUGGGGAAGGCGGAGUUUGAGAAGCUGGGGUAUCCGAAGCCGAUCGUCGAGCAUGCGGAGGCAAGGCAGAGGGCGUUGAGGAGGUACAAGAAUCCCGGUGACGAGUAA